CGAGGCCACAGACUACGACAACGGAGUUGUGCGCUAUCAGGCUGGUCCCCAGCAUCGUUCCCGGGGAGGUGAAGGUGCCUUCAAUGACGAGGAAUGCGAGGGCCAAGAUGGGGAGGGCGGUGGUAUGGAUGGGGAGGGCGGUGGUGAGGAGGGGGAGGGCGGUGGUGAGGAGGAGGAGGGCGGUGGUGAGGCGGACGACGGUAACGAACGAGAUGCUGAAGGUGAGGACGAUGGCAUGGACGAGGAGAGAGACGACGUUGGUGAGGAAGUCGAAGACAAUCGCUCCUCCCAAUUUCACCGUCGCCACCAGAACGAAUCGCGGGGGCGCCGUGAGGACGACGCCUGCCGCGUCGGUGACGCGGUCGAUGCUGGUGGCGAGCCUGCAGCCUCCCGCAGAAUGUCGCAGUCCUAUGACCAGACAAAGGAUGAGAGAGACGAACCUGGCUCACGGGGAAAGCGAAAAAGGGGAGAGGCGUCGACCUCUCCUGCGAGUCGAACAAAACAGGCGAGGGCCGACGCCGUCAAUGAAGCUCGCGGAGCGUUGACUACAUCACAGGAAGCGCGGGCUCCUCGGAAAACUGGUGGGGGGGGGCGAAGUGGCAGCCGCGGGGGUGGUCGCGGCGGCGGUAGGAAAGGCUCGCAGAUGUCCAGGGCACCUAAGCUGCGGGACUCGGGGGAUGAGGGCGAGGGGGUGGGGCCUCGCAUGCCCGAAGACAUUGAAGAGCUGGUUCAGCACGUCGCGCCCGUGGACACGACACGAUGUUUCUUCCUCGAAUACGACCAACAGGGCUUCGCCAGGCAAGACGUCCAAGUUGUUAACGUCGACGUUAAUAGGAUCAAACCCCUUCCUCGUGGGAAGAUACUUUUUAACCUCCGUUCGUUGUCUGAGAACAUUGUGAGAGGCAUCGAGAGUGCCAUAGAAAGCUCCAUCAGUGCUGACCCGGUGGUGAAGAAUUUGUGUCCUACGUACUUCAAGAACUUCGGGGACAUGACAUGCCGCGAGAGAGAAGUUGCGCUACUCCUGCUCAUGUCGGGGAAAGUGGUGGCAACAAAAAAAAGAGUCACGCCUCCGAGGGUGAACACAGAAUGCCUCCUCGACAUUAUGCGCAAGGAGAGAUACAUGGUCCGCAUGUUCAACUACGUCGUGUUUCGCGCCGAGGGAAGGGCAGGGGACGAAUGGAACGACGACUUCUUCAUGUCGUACAAGGACCUGGAAGAGAGGUAUGCUUUAAACGGGUUAUGUGGAGAUGAAUGGGAGAAGCCACAGAAGAAGCUACAUAGCAACUUAGUGAAGACGAUCCCUCGGCGACUUGGAGCAGUGGAGGAGGCGAGGCAAGGUAAUAAUGUCAUUGCCUGUGACGAGUCGGUCAAGGACAUUGCAUACUUGACAAAGUUCGUCGACAUACUUGUUAAGGAUGGGAGAUUCGAGUGCCACCUCGAGAAGCUGCGUGCCACACAUCGCACGAACAGGGAUAUGUACCACAAGUUGGGACCGAAAAGACUGAAGGUGUGGGAAUACCUGUUCCGCGAUGCCCCAGAUGGACGCCUUGAUGGGGGAUACAUAUAUAGGAAAGCCAAGGUGACCGAGGCCCUCAAACAUUAUCACGGUGCUCUAAUUGGCGCCUUUGAGACAUUCGUUGCUCGAUGCGAGAUCUUGAGGUUUGAUCUUCACGAAGAUAAACUGACGUUUAAGGACUAUGCAGACCUCGCUAAAUCGGGUGAAGGCUUUAACCCCGUUGACAGCGAGGAAGACUCGUCCGACUCCGGCCUCGAGAUCGAAAAGGACACCAAUGCAACCGGGUGGUGUGGGAAGUCCGCUGCCAUGAAGCACAUCGUGAAGGGAUAUGGACCGGGUCAAUCAAAGGGAUGCUCGAACCUGCCACCCGCGAACAGUGUGGCCUCAGAUGUGGACCGAGUUGUAUGUACGCCUAUGGAAGACGACGAAGACGAUGACCUUGAUAUUCCUGCUCAACCAACGAAGCUGGCGCCGGGCGAUCCGAUUCCUUCUAGAUUUUGUGCGGAUCCAAACAACGUGUAUUUCUUGGAUGACAAAUACUCCUGCACUACUGAGGAUAAGUGGGCCCAUGAUAUCAUUUGGCAUGACGGCAUUUUCGAGCCAUGUAUCCAAGGCGGGGAGUGGAAAAAGGCGGUGAAGUAUGUCUCGAAGGGUUGGAGACCGUUUGCCCGCAAGGGAAAGGACAGUUGGCUGAAGACGACGGACCAAUCAAUACUAUACCGCUGUCACAAAGAGAAUCCCGGGGAGAGUGAAACAUCCCGAUUUAGAAAAUAAAAUAUAUGAUUAAAAUGAGAAUGCCGAAUUACAAAAACGGAAUACCGAAGUGAAAUCGGAAUGCCGAUUUAAACAGAGU